UUAACUUUGACCUGCUCUGAAGAGAAAGUAUGGGAGCGGUGGGGGAGAAAGUGGCUGUGCGGGAAGGAAGUCAAAAGACCUCUGUCAGCGUAUGCAGGUUAAACCUGAAAGGGAUCUCUGAGGCCUGCAGUGAAUGAGUAAGAACAUUUGUUCACUGAGGAGAAAAGGUUAAAGCAGCGCUGCAGCUGAAUUCUUCUCCUAGCUGCCUCCCCCAGUUUUAGGCUAGCUGGAACAGCCCACAACUGUACAUCAGAUUAGAAAAGGUGUGUUCUAAUUAAUGGGAGUACUGUGGACUCCCUCCUCAGCCGCAACUGUGUCUGUGUAUUUGUGCGGGGUAGGAGGAGUGCACUUCCCCUGCUGAGCCUGCCUGCUGGAACAAAAGGAUUACUAAAGCAGUCACAGAUCAACCUGGGGAUUACUUGCAGGAGUCACUGGGAGAAACUUUAUCCUAUGUAACAGCUGGGAUCAGGACAGGCAUGAGGAAGACAUCAUACUCAGGAAUCUCCAGGACCUCCAGUGGGAGACUCCGAAGAUUUGGUGAUCCAGCAAGCCCAACUCUGAAGAGAUCUUUUGAAGUUGAAGAAGUAGAUCAGCCACCAAAUCCUUCCACUCCUCAAAGACGGACACCUAAUCCCCUUGUUAGGUCCUCAGUAUCAAGCUCUACACAGAAAUUCCAGGAUCCUGGCACCAGAAAUUCUGAGACCCCUUCCAGACAUGUGGAGUCUCCUGCACCAAGGUCGCCCAAAUCCUCUCUGAGGAGAGUUGACCUUUCUGGACCAAAACAUCCUGAGUCAGUGUCCAGAAGAACAGAAAUCUCCAUUGAUAUUUCAUCUAAGCAAGUGGAGAACUCCACAUCAGGAGCAUCAAGAUUUGGCCUCAAGAGAGCAGAUGUAUUGGGGCAUAAGCCUGUUGAGACUGCUACAAGAAGGACUGAGAUCAAUAUAGGCAAGCCCCAAGAUCAAGCUCUUCGCAGAAUGGAAGUUCCCUCAAAGAUUCCUGAGCCGACACAACGAAGAGUUGAGGCUAAUAGUCCACCUGUGCUAGAUGUUGCUACCAAGCGUAUAGAAAUCCAGGUACCAAAAUCUUCAGAGGUUCCAGUACCACCAAUUAGACAGAUUGAAAAUGUGGAGAUUUUCCAGACCAAUCAGCACCUGCCACCAGAACCAAAGCUUCAGUCAGCAGUGGCUGAGAUUCCACCAAAGAGCCAAGAAGCAGAUUCAGAGGCCAUUCCCAGCUACCCAGGCAGCAUGACAGACACCCCUCGAGAUGCUGCCCUUAAGCAAGCUGCACCAACGCGGACAGAGAAGCCAACGGCUGACUUCGGCUAUGUUGGGAUCGAUGCCAUCCUCGAGCAGAUGCGGAGGAAAGCCAUGAAGCAAGGGUUUGAGUUCAACAUAAUGGUAGUUGGUCAAAGUGGCCUGGGGAAAUCUACCCUAAUCAACACCCUCUUCAAAUCAAAAAUCAGCCGCAAAUCUGUGCAGCCAACUUCUGAAGAGCGUAUCCCCAAGACAAUUGAAAUCAAGACCAUCACACAUGAUAUUGAGGAAAAAGGUGUCCAUAUGAAACUGACCGUCAUUGACACCCCUGGUUUUGGAGACCAUAUCAACAAUGAGAACUGCUGGCAACCCAUUAUGAAGUUCAUCAAUGACCAGUAUGAGAAAUACCUCCAGGAGGAGCUCAAUAUUAACCGGAAGAAGCGGAUACCAGAUACCAGAGUCCACUGUUGCAUAUACUUCAUCCCUGCUACUGGUCACUCCCUCCGACCACUGGACAUCGAAUUCAUGAGGCGCCUGAGCAAAGUGGUCAACAUCGUGCCUGUAAUCGCCAAAGCCGACACAUUAACACUAGAGGAGAGGGACUACUUCAAACAAAGGAUCACAGCAGAUCUUCUUACCAAUGGCAUUGAUGUCUAUCCACAGAAACAGUUUGAUGAGGACUCCGAAGACCGGCUAAUAAAUGAUAAAUUUAGAGAAAUGAUUCCAUUUGCGGUGGUGGGCAGUGAUCAGGAAUACCAGAUUAAUGGCAGACGAAUUUUGGGAAGGAAAACAAAAUGGGGAACAAUUGAAGUUGAGAACACAACACAUUGCGAGUUUGCUUACUUGCGGGAUCUUCUGAUCAGGACACACAUGCAAAACAUCAAGGACAUUACCAGCAGCAUCCAUUUUGAAGCCUACAGAGUCAAACGCUUGAAUGAAAGUCAGAACAUGCUCUCCAAUGGUGUGGCUAACAAGGAGGACUUGGUGGCCAAUGAAAUGUAACAUUCAUGACCUAGCUAGGACCCAGCUCUCUCUCCAUCCCACUCUGUCUUCUUUCAGUGAAGGAGUAACUCCCAUUGAUACACACACACACCCACCCACCCCAGCAGAGGGAUAGAAAAUCUAUAUAUGUGGAAGAAAUGUAUACAAUCCCCAUCCCUCUGCUGGUGCCACUGUUCUUGCCCCUCUCUACCACUGAUAUUCACACUGCUGACUGUAACUGACCAAAUAACAAUUUUUUUCUGUAACAAAUGUAGCAUCUUUUUGCCAGCCUUUGUGGCAUGAAACAUCUAUUUUGUGCUUCCAUGUUGUGGGCAAUUGAGUGUAGUAAUGGGUGACCAAACCAUUGAGGAGAGAUUGGGGGGGGGGGGUUGAGCUAUAAUCUCAGCAGGAAAAUCUUGGCUAUCUUUGAUGUCAAGCAUUAGCUGAGCCCCCCCCCCUCCCCCAUCCUGGAAGAGAUAGGCCAGCACCCUUCUUCUGGAAUUCAGUGAAGGAGUAACUUCCAUUGAUAGUACUACCUUCAUACUCUUGAAAUCCAAAGCGGAGCCUCCUUGCAGAACAGACUUGCUUCUUGUACAUUCAUCCAUUGGGUGAUUUUUCAUACACCUUUGCCUUGUGGGGUUGGGAUGUUUUCCUGGGCAUUGUAUUGCAGUAUAUACAGCAGAUCACAGUGCAUAUAAAUGUAGGUAAGGAAACCACCAUGAUAAAUGGCCACUGAACUGUAUAAUAAUAUACAUGUAAUAGAUUUGAAUGCUCUGCUACAUAUUCUAAUAAUCACCAAGCUACCACUUGUGCAAAAACUCUAUAUACCAACAAAAGUGAACUUGUAACUCUUGAUACAUUCCUGCUUGUACCAAGCCUGAAAAUCACAUGGUAAAGUCCACAUUAAAGUAAUCUGAUAUAGUCCAGCUUGUUUCACAUGGCGAGUGAGCAGAUAAACAACAAGCAUCUAGGUUCCAACUUGUUUUGUAAGGAAUCUGGAAAAAAAUUUCAGUACAGUUUCUUCCGUGGAGUUGCCUGGAACUAGCCAUAAAUAUAACAUAGAUAACAGGAUAGACCCAAAGCUGCUUGGAAGUAAACUUACAAAAAACCCUACAAAAUGCUAACACUUGCCUAAUUUUCAAAGUUAUAAAGUUUAUGCAGGAAGGGUGAGGUUGCUUGCACCUAAAAGGGGUGAGGUUGCUCUGAAUGUGGAAGUCCUCCUCUGAACGAGUGAGUCCUUUUUAGCAGCUCUACUAGUGCAGGCCUGGAAAGUCUCAACCGCGGAUGUACUGUUGUCUUUUCCACACUGUGUGGGAGGGACUGGAGGGGAAGCCCACACCCGCUGCCUUUGAUUUCAGUGAUUCAGGUAAAUAGAGAUGUUUCUGAGCCACAUGACUGACCUAGUGCCAAAGCUUUACUGUGUUUUAUAGGGGUGUUUGCAUGUGUGCUUUUGUGUGGAGUUUUUUCUUUCCCUAAUCCCAUGCCUUUCGUGUCCAGAUUUUUCUAUCACUAGAUGAAAACUGAAAGUGAGAGUGGCCCAAGAGAUGAAUUAUGACUGCAUGGCACAUUUCUGUUCCACAGUACACAUAGUUUACCCCCUGCAUUUUCUAGUCUUGGUCUUCUUUCAAAAAGCCAGCAAUAGCAAGGAGGCUGCCUCCUUACCAGAGAAGAGUGGGAGACGUCCUGUCAUAAGGAGCUGCUCUUGUCAGGGGCGCUUCCUCUUCC